CAUCCAUAACCUUACCUUCAAACACAAAACCCAUCUUCAAAUAUGAUGUCUGAGGUCCAACAGAUUAACGGCACAAAAACGAAGACAUUGGUGGUGGCGCCUCCGCCGUCGCCGCAAGUAGCAGUGGCGAUUUGCUUGUUGAGAGGUAAAUCGGUGCUAAUGGGGCGUCGACUUGUAUCGAUUGGCAACUCCAAAUAUUCUCUCCCAAGUGGGCAUCUUGAAUUUGGCGAGACUUUUGAAGAAUGUGCUGCAAGAGAGAUGAAGGAAGAGACAGGUUUGGAUAUUGAGAAGGUUGAGUUUUUGAAAGUGACCAAUAAUUUGUUUCUGGACCAACCAACGCCGGCUCAUUAUGUGGUGGUGUUCGUGCGGGCGGUACUGGCUGUUCCCAUGCAAACUCCGCUCAAUCUUGAGCCUGACAAAUGUGGUGGCUGGGAUUGGUAUGAAUGGGAUAGUCUGCCCCAACCACUCUUUGGUCCCAUCAAAGCAAUGGUUAUGGAGGGCUUCAAUCCUUUUCCAUACUAACCAGCUAGCCGCGGCCGAGCUGGGUUGGAUCCGGAUGUAUUAGUCGUCAACACCGAAAUGAAAAGGGAGAAUAGCUUUUCGUUCUUAUUUGUAUUCUAAUUAUAAGAUUGGUUUAUAAUGUUAAUUAGUGUGUUGUUCGAAAAA